AUGCUUCCUGGAUAUGAUCCCAGUCCCGCUCCUUCAGCUACUGGUUCUUCCAAUUCCGUUCAUGGAACUAAUCUUCCCUCUGCUUCUUCCCCUCUUAAUCCAACUGUCAGGGAGGGAAGAUACGGGAUCCCUAGAGCGGGGUCGUUAUCGAUACAAUCAAAUGUUGUCUGCAAGAAACGCAAAUCAGGGCGUUUUAGGUAUCAACCAGGUCAGGUUAGAGCCUUUGGAAUGAUUACUGGUGGAUCUGGCAUCACUCCGAUGUUUCAGGUUGUUAGAGCUGUUCUUGAAAACCCUUCAGACAAGACAAAGGUGCAUCUCAUCUAUGCUAAUGUCACAUCUGAUGACAUCCUUCUUAAGGCAAGGCCUGGUUUUGUAUUUGUGAAGCCACCGGAGGGAUGGACAGGUGGCGUUGGUCUCAAAUCUCUGCCUGUUGCUGUUAAGGUUCUCAACAAAGAGGGUCUUCAAGGCCACAGAGAAUGGCUUACUGAAGUUAAUUUCCUUGGUCAGCUCAGACAUCCCAAUUUGGUGAAAUUGAUUGGGUAUUGCUGUGAAGAUGACCACAGAUUGCUUGUUUAUGAGUUCAUGUUUCGAGGAAGCCUUGAAAAUCACCUCUUUCGAAUUUCAUUCUUUGUUCCUUCAGUUCAAUGGCAUCUAGUUCUCACAAAGGCAGCAAUUACUAUGGUGUUGCUUCAUAUAGAUCAAGCUAGAUAUCUAAGUAUGAUCCCUCAAAUAAAAGAGAUGAUUACAAGAGCUGGGAAGAAGGCCUACACACUUGUCAUGGGAAGACCAAAUCCUUCAAAACUUGCCAACUUUCCAGAGCUUGAUAUACAAAACAACUCUGGUCAGAAAUUCUGGCAGAAUGUGGAGUUUGUCUUUGGUAAAGAACUCAUGAAUUAUACUAAUUCUGAUGAAAUCCAGCUUCGCACUGAUCCAGUGCAUGCUGACCUGGAUGAUGAGAUUGGUGGCCUCUGCAAACAAGUAGCCACAGAGAUUGAGUUAGAAGCCAAGAAUCAAAAUGAGUUUAUCAAUGAACUGGAAUCCCUUAAGAAGUGUUGUAGCCAGCGUGUUUUCCUUGUAUGGUUCAUCCGUGUUUUAAUGGAACCUGGAACACCACAUGGAUCAAAUAUCAUAUCUCAAGUGCAGUUCCACAUUCUUUGGAUGGAGAAAACGGUCACAAGAAUUAUCGGAGCAGGGGCUCAUUAG